UUUUCCAUGAAGACACUCUUUAUUACUUGUUAUUAUUAUAAUGAUAGAUAUAGUUGGAUUGCUCACAAGAGAAAAAACUCUCAAAACACUGCUAUACCUCGUACUCUGGAGCCUUGGAAGGUCCCCAUUGUUCGUUCAAGGCGUCCCUGUUGCUUUCGUUUGAGAUGGGUAUGUUUGGAAAACGCUUCUACCACAGAGACUGUACUUGGUCAAGGUAAAAACCAAAUAUUUCGUAAAGGAGAAGAUAAAAUAGCAUAUGACUACUUCCCUGGUGAGCUUCCUACAGUGUUAUUCUUACCAGGCUUGUCUAUGAAUCGGCAUAGUGCCAAGGGAAAUGCCCUAGAAGUGGCUUGUAAAAUUCAAAAAAGAGCAUAUUUAAGUGCAGAUUAUUAUGGAAUAGGUCGUUCUUCGGGGGAUAUACGUGAUGGUACGGUUUCCCGUUGGACGGAAGACACAGUGGACUUGAUGGACCAUCUAAUUCCUGAAGGUCCAGUAGUAUUGGUUGGUGCUGGUGUUGGUGGUUGGGUGGCACUUCACGUUACACUAAGAAGACCACAAAGAAUUGCUGGUAUCGUGGGUGUAGCACCUGAUCCGGAUUUCACUCAGGACGUCUUAUGGCCAAAACUGUCGGACGAAGUGAAAAAUAUUAUCAUGAAAGAAGGUCUAUAUGAACUACCUUGGGGAUAUAGGACUUACCCCAUUUCGAGAAAUCUUAUCGAAGAUGGAAAGAAGAUGUGUUUGUUGCAGGGUUCGAGUGGAUCCAUCGAAAUAGACUGUCCAGUUCGGAUUAUUCAUGGACUGAAUGACGAAGAGAUUCCUCCACAAAGAGCACUUCGUUUGGCAGACCGAUUGCGUAGUCAAGAUAUUGUUAUUAGCUUUGUCAAGUCAGGAGGACACACUUUGGAAACGGAAGACGACUUUCAGAGAAUGAUAAGCAGCGUUGUUGAACUUUGUAAAAAGUCUUAUACCUAUGAUCUAUCUUCACCUCAAAGUGGUUAAGUAAUUGCAGACAAGCAAAAUAAAAA